AUGGCGAAUUUGAACUCCAGUUACAGAGAUUCAUCUCUUCAAAUUCCAUCAAAUUCAGGUAGUAGUGCUGGAGUUUGUAUGAUGAAUACUAAAUGGAGAGAUGAGCAACACCCAUCUCUCAUCAACUUCAUCGCAUCAUUCCUAAGUGCGAAUUCCUUUCGCCUUAACUUUGUUCCAAUUGCGCCGGACUGUAUUUUUAACUGUGGGGGUUUGUCUGUGGCUUUUAUCUUCGUGACAAACUGGGAUUGUGAAAACUGUGAGCCAAUCUUUUGCAGAGUUAGGAAGCUGAAGGGGCAGUUCGCAAAUCUUUAUGUUGUUGUCUCCCUCCCUACCAAGGAGCAAAAUGAUUCAUUUGUUCACUCUUACUUUAAAUAUGGAAUGGAGCUUGGCAAGCCAACAUUUGUUCCAGUUCAAGACUUGGAGAUGGGAUUUGAAAAGAUUGUAAACAUAGCUCAUUCUCGUGGGACCUGCAAGCGGCAGGAUGUUCUGUCAAAAUUGAAAGCUGAGAGGAAGCAAUCAGUGCAAGGGAUGGGCAAUUUUCUUAGAGUGGUGACAUCCAUACUGGGCAUUGAUAACCAUGACGCAAAUUCUCUCAAUCAAGCUAUCGGUUCAAUUGAAACGAUUGCCAAGGCAUCCAAGGAAUAUAUUCUGGAGAACACAGACCUUUCAGCAGACAAGGCCGAGACACUUACAAAGUUUUUCAGAGAUCCAAAAUUUUACCUCAGUCCUAAAAUCAAUUGA